GGCCGCGCUGUAACGUGACAUACCCUAUGCUGCCCAUGUCACAGCAUUGCUGUGGCCGCACUGUAGCAUGGGCAUUGUAGAUGUACUCUAAAGGGCCCCACACAGGCUCUUUAGGCGCCCCAAAGUGUCUCCUACAUGGCUCUUUUUAGCAAGUUUACCAUCCCACUGCCGGAGCCUUUCCUCUCCCGCAAUAGGGAAAUGUUCCAGAAGCGGGGAAGCUGCCAGAGCCUUUCGCUGCCCUGUGUACAUACAUACAUACCACAGUGAGAAAUGGGGAUACAGCCUGCCUUUCACGGCGGUGCGGAGCUAGGUGUGUAGUGCCUGUACUCUGCACGCUAUGUUACUGCAAGAAAAUGAUUAUCCCGGUCAGAUGCUUCACCUGCGGCAAAAUAGUUGGAAAUAAGUGGGAGGCAUAUCUUGGCCUUCUGCAAGCAGAGUACACAGAAGGGGAUGCCCUGGACGCUCUAGGAUUGAAGAGAUACUGUUGCCGUCGCAUGCUGCUAGCCCAUGUGGAUCUGAUUGAGAAGCUGUUGAAUUAUGCCCCUCUGGAGAAAUAAGCAGUGGGUGGAAGGUUUCAUACUGCAGCCAUAUGGGCCAAAAAAGCACCACUAGCAGGCCUCUAACUGUACUGUUUAGGAGUUAUGGAGAGAUGCAAGCCAUUCAUACACCAGCCAAUGAAGGAUUUCACUUUCCAGCCACAAUACUGCCCCAGCCACUAAUCUCUUCCAAGGAAGCAUUUGAAAGAUGAAAUCCACUUACAGUCCAGCAUUGGAGUUUAAUUAAAAUGCGGAUGGAAGAUUUUUUUUGCAGCAGCCUGACAGUCAAGUAGGCAGUUUUCCUUCCCUCUUUUCCCUUUCCUUCAGUACUUUUAAGAAAUUUUCACCCAGUAACAGUAUUUAAUAAAGUUUUUUUUAUGAAAUGUAGCCAAGUUGUUUCAUGAUUAUUACAGAAUUGUAUUUAGUUAUCCCUUUUCUUUCCCCAAUCCAAUUUCAGUUGCUGGAUAGGGUUUUAGUGUCCACUAAACUUGAAAUUCCUUAUUCCUGGUGUUAAAGUUAAAACACCAGUCAAUACUGAAAAGAAAUUGUUCCUUCUCUUGAACAGUUGUCUACACUAGUGUACAGGGAAGAGGCUGGGUCUGAAGUUCUGAGUUCCAACAUAGUAUCUACUUUCCUUACUAUGUAAGAGGAGAGAGGUCAUUUUGUAAGAGCAGAUAGUCCUCUUCACAGUCAGUGGUAGUAGGGGGUAUUUCCUACCCCAGGGAAUGAAGCAGAUGACCUUCACUAGAACUUAGUUUGGGAGCACCUAUGCUUCAGUUAGUUAGAAUAUUGACUGUGAAAAAGCAAAGGGAGCAGCGAUUAUAGCCUGAUCCUGCACACACUUACAUGCUUAACUUGUGAGCUGUCCCUCUAAAGCCAAUUAACAACUUAAGUGAAGUUGAGCAUGCAUGUUAGUAUUGGCAGGACAGAGGUCUAUAGCCUUGAUCCUGCAAGGUGCUGAGCACCCUCCACCUGAUUCAGCAAAGCAUGUAGUCAGGUCCUCAACUUAAGAGUACAUGAGCAGUUCUAUUGAAGUCAAUGGGACUAUUCACAUCUUAAUGUAACAUAUGUAUUUAACUGCUUUCCUGGAUCAGGGCCAGAAUAUUCAACAACUUGCAGGACUGAACACUAGCAGUUACUCUCACAUAAAUCUUGGCUAUUAGAGUGAGUGUUAGGCAAGACUCUUUCCACCACAAGUCUGGAGGAUAGUUACCCCUUAACCUCUGGAUGCUGUCAGAAGAGACAUCAGUUUAGUCUUAUAGCUAAAGGAAGGACUAUACUUUUCUCACUGCACCCUUCCCAACAUGUGGUACCUGUAUCUGUACUGCCUGAGUUAGUUUCCACAUACAAUUCCCCUCCUCACCACCCACAAAGAGUAAGAGGCACAGGUCCUGCAUUGUGUGCAUACCCAGAACUCCCCUUGAGAAUGCAGCUUCAGCCUACGUGCAAAUGUCAGACAUAAUUCAUAGCUACACUAUGUUGCUAAAAGAUAAACUGGAGCAGAUUAUACAAUAAUUCUCUAAUUUGGAGACCAUAUUCUUUGGCAACAGUCACUUUCUUGGCACAUAUAGCUCAGCUGCUGAGUAAGUAGUAACUGGAUUUUUUUUUCCCCAUAAAGAAAACUGCAAAGUUGGGUUAAACAAAAUCUGGUUUCUAGAUGAGUGCUGUUUAAUAACUAGGACUAUUAUGGGCACAACUGCCUCUAUACAGUGGUCCAGUUUUGCCACAGUAUCUUUCAUUGGGCUUUAACAAUUUUCUAUAAAAAAGUUACCAAGUUUAUAGCUAUAUUGAUCAGUCCCAGGAAUCUUUAUAGUUUAAACUUCCUUUUCAGUUUAUUACUGACAAUUUUCCAAAUGAAGAACUGCAGAAUGUUGUAUUUUAAAACACAUGCUUUAUCCUAAUGCAAAGGGCAUUAAGUGAUUAGUUUUGGCAUUUGUGUUUCACAGUUGGAUAGCUUAUGUUCUGCACAUCUGCCAUAUUAUCUAGGAAAAUGCAUUAAAAACAUUGUUUAAGGCUUCAUGGUUAAAGGGACACUGUCAAAUACAUCAGGUACUUUUUCAAAAGUACUCUUCCCUUAGAAAGCAAUCCUGCACAGUAGUGGGGGGGGCUGGAUUAGAUGAGCUAAUGGCUUUUUCAAGUCAUAAUUUCCAUGAUAUUAAGCAAGUGCCCUAUUUUACACACACUUUAAAAAAAGUCAUCUUGGGGACACAAGUGUAUUCUCUUUCAGGACAGAUGCAACACAAGGUAGUGUGAUAAAAGCAGCAGCAGCUCUAGAGCUCUGUUUGUGUAGGUCCUACAAUAGAAGUAGUGAUUUAUUUCUUAAAAACCACAGAUCUAGUUCAAAAGACAUGCUUCUCUUGGGCUCCCAUUGUGUUUGUGCUUAAUCUUGGACUUUCCUACCUUAUGACUCCAAAUUGAGUCUUCCAGUCAGAGACUGGACCUUAUGCUAAAAGGUGGGGGAAUGGUAAGUCACAGUAAACAAGCACUGGGGA